GUUUAUAUUUAUAGGUGCAUCAAUUAAAUAUUACCAUCAUCAGUGAAUCACAUUUAGUCGAGUAAAUAUUCUUGUGUUAUUUUGUUACUUCUAGUGUAAUUUUGUAGAUUAUGAGCAUAUAUUCCAAUUAUUCUGCUAACAAGCUAGAAAAACAGAUCUACAAUCCUCUGGAAGAAGAGAAGACAAUCUUCGAACUCUGGACAAAACAAAAAGCAAAUGAAAAAAUACGAGAGAUUCGUGGCAAGGAAAACAAUGGAAUAUUUAAGAUUUUGAAUGGCCCACCUUUCCCAACGGGGUCACCGCACAGUGGUCACAUUGUCAAUGUCCUUAUGAAGGACGUAUUCACUAGGUAUGCCUAUCAAAAGAAUCUGAAUGUGGUGAGUAGUUUUGGCUGGGACUGUCAUGGACUGCCGGUGGAGCAUGAAGUCGAUAAGAGGCUCGAGAUCAAGGACCCUCAAGAUCUGUACCGUAUUGGAGUGUCGGACUAUAAUGAAGAGUGUCGGAAAUUUGUGCAACGGCACGUAUCCGAUUGGAAGAAUAACUUGGAUCAAAUAGGUUUAGUGGCGGAUUUAACUGCCGCUUAUUCAACAAUGAGUCGAGAGUCAAUGGAAGGCGUGUGGGGAGUGUUUAAGAAACUCUUGGAUUUGGGAUUGGUCUACAAGGACACAAAGGUAAUGCCGUAUUCCACCGCCUGUUUCACUCACUUGUCCCACUUCGAAGCAGAACAGAAUUGGAAGAUGCGACACGAAGUUGCUGCAAUAGUUGGUCUUAGAAUUGUAGAGUCUGAUGUGAGACUCUUAAUUUGGACAGAUUCUCCUUGGAAGUUGGCAGCAAACUUUGCUGUUUGUGUGAACCCAACUUCGGUGUAUGUUAAGAUUAAAAUGGCUGCAAAUGGCCAUAUAUACAUUUUAUCUCGGAACCGACUACAUUCGAUUUUUAAAAAUUCGAAGGACUUUUCGAUAGUAGAAGAAAUUGAAGGUAAGCGCAUUGCAGACUUGAAAUAUCACCCCCUAUUCGACUAUCUGCCAGGAAGCCUUACCGUUCUCAAAGACGAAAGUAUUCGCGAAAAAGAAGGUACAGGCAUAGUGGCGCUGUGUCCUCAUUUCAAUGAAAAUGAAUACAGGAUUUGUUUUAAGAACGGCCUGUCGCCCGAUGAGGCACUGUGUCCAAUAGACAGAGGUGGACGGUUUACUCAAAGGAUUAUAGAACUGGCUGGACUAACGAUUGAAGAAGCAAGUUUGUCAGUUAUUCAGAGUCUUCAGAAACGCGGACUGUUGGUGCAUUUGGAGAAUAUUGAACGGAGGAGGCAACACUGUUGGCGAUCGGAUGUUCCGUUGAUAGAAAAAGUAACAACAACUUGGUUCUUGAAGGUGGGAAGCCUUAAGACGAAGCUCAAAGCAAACAACUCCGAAAUCAAUUGGGUUCCUAGCUUAUAUAAGGGAAUAAUGGAUAGUCAGUUUGAUAAGCUGAAAGAUUGGCCAAUUGGGCGCCAUAGGCAUUGGGGAACUCCAAUUCCCAUAUGGUCAUCGCCUUCCGGAGAUGAAAUUGUCUGCGUUGGUAGUGUAGAAGAGUUGAUGCAACUGACCAACAUCAAAGAGAUAUCGGACUUGCAUAAGGAUUGUCUAGACAAGUUGCUUAUUCCAUCUAAGGUACCUGGAAAUCCACCUUUACGUAGAGUUUCAGAAGUAUUAGAUUGUUGGUUUGAAUCUGGUUCAGUGCCAAUUCUUCAGCACAAGAUAAAGGAGGAAGUGGAGUUAGUGGUUGAGGGAAAAGAUCAAAUCAAUGGGUGGUUUCUGAGUGCUUCAAUACUUUCAGCAGCACUUUCUUUACCGGCUCCAUCAAAAACUAUUGUUGUCCACGAAUUUGUUCAGGGGAACGAUGGAAUGAAGCUCUCCAAAAGAAAACACAAUCAUAAUGACGCGAUUAAAAUAGCUGAGAAAUAUGGAGUGGAUGCCCUCAGAUUGUAUUUGCUAACUUUGCCAUUAGUUGCAGGAAAACCAUUUAUGCUUCAGGAGAGCGAGGUUGGAAAAUUUCAAAAAAGUUUAAUACAACCGCUUUAUAAAAUGUUGUAUGAUCUUAUGCCUCUUUUAGGAGAACCGGGCCGGGUAACAUAUGGAGUUAUUACUAAUCCAUUAUACUACAAAAAUAUUUUCGAUCAGUGGAUCCUCGGACGCACAGAGUCGUUGGUUCAAUUCUAUGAAAGCGAGCUUAGAUCACAUCGUUUGCAUUUAGUUAUUCCGCGUUUAAUUGAGUUAUUACAUCAAUUUCAUAAAUGGUUCAUUCCCGCUACAACAAUCACUGGCGAAGUAAAUGAAUUCGUCAUUUUCAAUGUCAUUGUCAAGAUAUACCUACUAUUGGGACCGUUUGCUCCAAUCUUUUCCGAGUAUAUUCACCAAAUACUCAAACCAUGGAGAUUUUCACCACACAAAGGUUUUUCUCACAAUUGUCUGCUUACUGAAAAGAGUGAUCAACUUAUCCAACCCCAAUUAGAUCUGCAAAUUUUGCGAUGGCAAACAAUUAUAGAUAUGACGCGAGAGGCGCGACAAACGCACGUCAUUCCGAUCGGAUAUAGAAUAAGUGAGUUGAUAGUCGUCCAUCCAUUGGAAACAUACUUGGCUGAUAUGGAGCAAUUAAAUGAAACUUUAAUCAUACUUGUCAAUGUCCAUCUAUUGACGAGGUCCUCAAAUCAUGCUCAAUUUGGAACACAUCUUAAGGCAAAAAUGAACAAGGAUUCUCCAUUGCACCAAACUCUGGACCCAACUGAAUUGAAAAAGUUCACUAUAGCUAUUCAGAAACUUAACGACGCAGAAGUGGAAGAGCUUAUACGUGUAGGAUCCCUAGAUGUCCUAGAACGCUGUAUUUCUCUAGAGGAUGUAAGAAUAGAAUAUGUCUUUGAACAUGAAUGUGAUGCAAAGACCAUCAUCAUAUGCAGAGAUGAUGUUUUCAUUGUUGUAAAGAUGAAUAAAGACUUGGGAUAUUAUGAGGAAGGAACACGUAUCGAGUUAAUGAGUGUUAUUCAAAAGUUUCGCAAAAAGGCUAAAGUAUAUCCGAGUGAAUUUGUAAGCGUUGGUUAUUUAACUGAGGACACGUGCGUGGAGAGUGCAUUCAAGAAGUUCUGCGAAGAACUAAGAAAAACAACACAUUCUGAAAUAAUGCCAAUAGAUGACGCUGGUGGUUUCAAUGAAGAGGAAAUGCGUUAUAAAGAAACUGUUAGCAUUAAAGGUGUACCUGUUAUUUUGUAUUUGUUUAAAAAACAAGACAAUCACGAAGUCUAAUAAUAAUCUCCUAUAUAAAACUUGUCUUUUUUAUUACUAUCUCAAAACUAGUUUUAAUCAAACUUAAUUGUUAUUGUAUUUAAUAUAUACAUUUAAUAUCGUUAUUUUAAACAUGAUUAACUAUUGUUUACGUAUUUCAAAAAUAAAUACAUCUUAAAGUAACUAAAA